AUGCGCCUUGAAGGUGCUUCAAAAAACAUUCUUUCCCACACACACCCAAAAAAUGACCAGGAAGAACAUGCACUUCUCACAAACUUCCUUCUGGCCCCAACUCACAAGUCAAGGUGGCGCCCGUAUCCUCUUCUUUCUUGUCGAGGAGGCGCGAGUCUGCGCGUCCUCAUAUCACAACAACGGUCCGAUACACACUACAGUACACGUGCAGCUAGGCCACGCCCUCAAUCUCUGAGUCGAUCUCCUCGAGUUCGCUGCGCAUCGUCUCGAGGAGCUUGUCGUCCGGGUUCUCCCAAAUCCCUCGUCCGGCAGCUUCCAGAAAUCGCGACAAGAUAUUCCUGCUCGCGCGCAUCAUCGCGUCGUCACACACCGCAUUCCGCGAAAACUCCGAGUUAG